AUGUACUUCGACAACGACCAAAGAAACAACAAGUCCCAAAGUGACUCGACUCCGUUCCUGGGCGGCGGGUCGUCGCGUAACCGCGACCGGUCCCCCGGCGGCACGCCAACCAAGCACAACUGGUGGUCUCUGCAUUAUUACGAGCAAUUCUUCGAUGUCGACACGAACGAGGUCUUGCGCCGCUGCGUCGCUACACUUUAUCCCCGCACGAACUUCCUGGAUGUCCUAGAGGGUAGGCCUGACCUGUACGGACCUAUCUGGAUUGCGACCACGGUAGUCGUGAUCCUUUUCUUGACGGGUACCAUCUCGCAAUGGCUGUCUAAUAACGACGACCAACACUUUGAAUACGACUUCGCCUUGCUCUCUGGGGCUGCGGGCUUGAUCUACGGAUAUACGGGUAUUCUCCCCAUUGUGCUGUGGGGCGCGCUGCGCUGGUUCGGUAGCUCCACGGCCGACUUGAUCGAGUGCUGGGCUCUGUAUGGGUAUUCGAACUUGGUCUGGAUUGCCGUUGCGCUGGUCAGCUGGAGCCCGCUGAAUGCACUCAACUGGGCGCUUGUUGGUGUUGGCUUUGCCUGGACCGUGUUCUUCCUUCUACGGAAUCUGUACCCGGUCUUGAAUGCUACAGAUGCCAAAAUGAGCAAGGUCCUUCUGGUCGCGGUUGUUCUCGUGCAUGCAGCACUCACUAUCGCUAUUAAAAUGCUUUUCUUCGCUCAUGGAAGCCCGGUGUCGAAGAAGAACAAGGAGACGCCCACUGACGACAACAAGACGGAUGACAAGCAGGGAAUGACGUUCAGGGCAUAG